AGUAAAUGAUACCAUUUAAAUAAAAAAUAAAAUAGAAAACUAAAAAAUAAUACUAUCAAUUAAUACUACUCCCUCCGUCCUAAAAUUAACUUCCCAUUUGACUUUUCACGGUCUCCAAUGCGACACUUUGACUAUCAAUAUCUCAAUUUUUAUAUAAAUAUAUUUUAUAAAAAUUAUAUAUUUCAAAACUAUGUUUCAAAAUGAAUCUAUUUCUAAUAAAUUUAUAUGAAAAUUAUAUAUUUGUUUAUUUUCAUGUUUUCAUUGAUCAUUUGAUAAAAUAAAAUAUUUUUGUCACCUUUUAUUUUAUAAAUUUCUUGACGAAAUUUUUAAAUAUGUAUACUUAUUUUUAUUAUUUACUACGUAUAUAGUAAUUUAUAAAUGAGGUUAUUUUUUAAAACCUUUUGAGCCAGGAGUAUUAUUUAUAAAUAAAAAAAAUACUCUUUGAAAAAUUCGUCCACCGUGAAAUCAAUCGUCCUGGUUCAUCAUCAAUCAUCAUCACACUUCACAGUGGCCUGUGCGAGCUGAUAGAUGGAGAAUGCCAUACGACUCCCAAUAAUUUUGCCCUAAUUAACACGACAACAUUCUCCCCCUCCCCAAAUUCGUACGCCGCGGUUCUCUCAAUCGCCGCCAUGGGUCAAAUUCUCGCCAAAUACCAAGGCAAAGGAUGGAGAGAGAGACAAACGCGACAUAUUACCGACAAGGUGUUUGAUCGGUUCAAAAAUGACUUGGACAGAGUGACUUUGACUUUUGAAGAUCUCUAUAUCGCGGUGCUGCUUAUAUUCAAUGAAUUAAAUAAAUGUUUGCCAGGGCCUCACCUAGACCCUCCUUCAAAAGAACAAGUUAGGGCCUUGAUGAAGAAAUAUGAUUUCAAUCUUGAUGGGGAGCUGAACCGUGAAGAGUUUAACAAGUUCAUCCUAGAAUUGACUAAGGACACAUUCUUCUCAAUCAGUCAAAAGAUGAUUACUACACUGGCAGUGGCACCGACAGUGGCUUUGCUGACAAAGAGGACAACGGAGGGUGUACCUGUGGUUGGGAAGUUGGUGCAGAAGUUGCCCAAUUCUGUUUACGCUUCCCUUGUCACUCUUGCUAUUGUGCUUUUCCAGAAAGCAACCGAAGGCAAGUAAUCAAAGAUUGGUUUUGUCAAUGACAACAAGCCCUAAUGGCGGUUGAUAAAGUGCAAUUGUUGCAUCGUUUUUUUCUCUUUUUUGGCAAAAAAGGGGCAUUUACUGCCCUCGUAUUUUUCCUUUUUGGGAAAGGGUAUUUAUUGGUGAUGCAAAUGCACCUUUUUGCCAAACAAAGACAGAAUAAACAUGUAACAAAGCCACCUUAUCAACAUGUCUCAUGGCUAUUAGCAAAACGGAUUAAAGAUUGCUUCUUUGCGCAGUUCAUGAAUUCAACCUAUAGUUCAAAAGUUUUAAUAAUAUGCCCUCGAUCAGCUUUUGCACUGGCCGGGCAGGCUUGAUUUGUGCAUAUAUAUGUUGUCCGAAUUAUUAUAGGACAAAAGUCUGUGUUGUUUCAACUGAUUUGUGCUGUUAUUGUGUUUCAAGAGAACAUGUGUACAUUUUACAGAAUAGAUUCAUAUAGUUUGGUUUGAACGUGCAGCAUUCAUAAUAGUGUGGCAUCAAUUUGUGCACUGUGAAUCAAGACAUCAUCUUUUU